GGCCUUGGGCGCCUCUGAGAUGCUCCCAAGUAUCAAGGGGGACCGAGCGAGGUGUGGGCAACCGGGCGGCAGGCAUGAUGCCCUCCCCUAGUAACUCCAGCCGCUCGCUGACCAGCCGGCCCAGUACUCGGGGCCUUACUCACCUCCGCCUCCACCGACCCUGGCUGCAGGCCCUGCUCACAUUGGGGCUGGCCCAGGUGCUCUUGGGCAUCCUGGUGGUAACCUUCAGCAUGGUGGCCUCCUCUGUCACCACCACCGAGAGCAUCAAGAGGUCCUGCCCAUCUUGGGCUGGGUUCUCGCUGGCGUUCUCCGGGUUGGUUGGCAUUGUGUCCUGGAAGCGGCCAUUCACUCUAGUGAUCUCUUUCUUCUCCUUGCUCUCGGUGCUCUGUGUCAUGCUCAGCAUGGCUGGCUCCGUUCUCUCCUGUAAGAAUGCUCAGCUGGCUCGUGACUUCCGAGAAUGCUCCAUGGUGAGAUUUGAGGAAGGGAAGGUCUGUGUGUGCUGUCCCCCUAUUCCACUACACAGACCCUGUCCAGAGUGGGGCCAGGAGCUGAAAGUUGCCCUUAACUCUACCUGUGAUGAAGCCCGAGGGGCCCUCAAGAACCUGCUCUUCAGUGUCUGUGGGCUCACCAUUUGUGCUGCAAUAAUCUGUACCCUCUCCGCUAUUGUCUGCUGUGUCCAGAUCUUCUCCCUGGAUUUGGUGCAUAUGCAGCUGGCCCCUGAACGCUCAGUCUCAGGCCCCCUAGGGCCCCUGGCUUGUACAUCCUCACCUCCUGCUCCUCUCCUACACACCAUGCUGGACCUGGAGGAAUUUGUUCCACCUGUGCCCCCACCGCCCUACUAUCCUCCAGAGUAUACCUGCAGUUCAGAGACAGAUGCACAAAGCAUCACGUAUAAUGGCUCCAUGGAUAGCCCAGUGCCCUUGUACCCUACUGAUUGCCCCCCUUCUUACGAGGCCGUCAUGGGGCUACGAAGAGACAGCCAGGCCACUCUGUUUGAUCCUCAGCUUCAUGAUGGCUCCUGUGUCUGUGAGCGGGUGGCCUCCAUUGUAGAUGGUGAGCAGAUGUCCAUGGACAGCGGGUCCCUGGUGUUGUCAGCCAUUGGCGACCUGCCUGGGGGCUCUAGCCCAUCAGAAGAUUCAUGCCUGCUGGAACUCCAGGGCUCUGUGCGCUCCGUCGACUAUGUGCUCUUCCGCUCCAUUCAGCGCAGCCGGGCAGGCUACUGCCUUAGCCUAGACUGCGGCCUGCGGGGUCCCUUUGAAGACAGUCCCUUGCCACAGCGACCCCCGAGGGCUGCCCGCUCCUAUUCCUGCUCAGCCCCAGAAGCCCCACCCCCACUGGGUGCCCCCACAGCUGCUCGCAGUUGCCACCGGUUGGAGGGCUGGCCACCCUGGAUGGGACCUUGCUUCCCUGAGCUGAGGCGACGGGGCCCCCGAGGAGGAAGCCGUUCCACUGCGCCCCCUCCUGCCCGAGCCCCAGCUCGACGCUUCAGUGAUAGCUCAGGUUCCCUCACCCCACCCAGGCACAGGCCUCCUCACCUGACACCCGCUCCACCGCUGCUGCUGCCAAGGUCUCACAGCGACCCAGGAAUCACCACCUCCAGCGACACUGCUGAUUUCAGGGACCUUUAUACCAAAGUGCUUGAAGGAGAAGCUGCCUCUGUCUCCUCUGCAGACACAGGGCUCUGCUCUGAAGCCUGCCUUUUCCGUCUAGCCCGAUGCCCUUCCCCCAAGUUGCUACGUGCUCACUCAGCUGAGAAACGCCGCCCAGUGCCCACCUUCCGGAAGGUUCCGCUUCCUUCAGGUCCUACACCUGCCCGCUCUCUAGGGGACCUGAAAGGAAGCUGGCCAGGCCGGGCCCUGGUCACUCGUUUCCUCCAACUGUCCAGGAAGUCCCCAGAACCCGCAGGGACUGGAGCCCAUGGAUCUAAGCAUAUGCGCAGGAGCCCAUGGGGACGACCAGGUCGGGAGAGCCUCCAUCUUCGCAGCUGUGGUGAUUUGAGCUCUGGCUCCUCCCUGAGGCGUCUCCUCUCUGGGCGCCGGCUGGAACAUGGCUUACGUCCACAUAGCCUCAGCCUCAAUGGAGGCAGCCGGGAGACUGGGCUCUGAUUUGGGCUUGCCACAAUGAACAAGUCCAGAUGAAUGCCAGAGCCACAGUCAUCCGCUGAUUGGGACCAGCAGUCCUCUGCAGCCCUGUGCACUAGCUGGCUCAAAAAGAAACCCGCUGUACACUCUCAAGGUGUUCCUUUCCUGCCUGCCUUUGAAGGCUUCUGCCGCUUGCCUCUGUGCCUCUAGACAGCAGAGCUUCUGUCCUGUGCUGCAUGGGUGUUCACACUGUGGGGGAGAUGACCCCUACUGACACUGACAGGAAAAUUAGCAGCCUCCCCCCAGCAUGAGUGCCUCUUUGUGAUAUCCAGUGGCACUUAGUGGGGGCAAAGGCCUGAGUGUUUGAGAACCCCACGAUUUGUGUAUUGCAAGUGGUGGUGAGGCAGCAAGAAGAAACACGAAUCUAGGUGGCUUUUUAGCUCUGCCACCUCUAGCUGCAUGACCGUGGGCAAGUUAUUUAACCUUAGCUGCCUGUAAAACAUUGUGAACAUGACUGUUUGUAACACUGAGUAAGCCUUCAAUAAAUUUCAACUUCUCCCUUCUA